AGGCAGAGGAGGGGGUCGCUUUCUCCCCUUCUUUCUUCCAAAGAUGUUUGAAAUCGCAGUCAUUUACGCUCGACAAUUUUUACAAUAGCCUUGAGCCAUAAUUUUGCGAGUCUCUCCAGCAUCCAUCCCCCUGUAUGGUCUCUCUCCACCGGCCAUGCACGACCGUUUCUCUCCCCAACCGUGGAUUUCCUAUUACUCUCGUUACGACUCACUGAGCCCCAGGCCCAAGGAUAAUGAUGUGUUGUUUCUUGGUAGCAUAAUUUGUCACACGUACAUUUUUUCUUCUUCUUCUCUUGCAGAAAGCUCUGCGCGCUCUCUCUCUUUCUCUCUCUCCCCUUCUCCCUCUCGUACAUUUUCUUGCUGUUGCUAAUUCAUGGUGAUCAAAUGAUGUACGACAAAAUAAAUUGUAAAGAGUGACUGCUUGGAGUUGGGCACCAGAAGGUUUUUUGUUUUGUUUUUUGUUUUUGGAAGGAGCGAUCAAACCUUUAAAAAAGAAGGACAAUUGAUUUUUUUUUUUAGGGGGGGAGCUUAAGUGAACCUUUACUUUGGCAGCUGGUUGUGGAGCAGGUCGGAGGAGGCUUUCCAGUCAGGUGCGCUGAGGUUGCCCGCCAUGUCCAGGUCCGGGGACCGAACGUCUACCUUCGACCCGAGCCAUAGCGACAACCUGCUCCACGGCCUCAACCUGCUGUGGAGGAAGCAGCUCUUCUGCGACGUGACCCUGACGGCGCAAGGCCAGCAGUUCCAUUGCCACAAGGCCGUGCUGGCCUCGUGCUCCCAGUACUUCCGAUCGCUCUUCUCCAGCACCGCCGGAGGAGGAGGAGGAGGCGGAGGAGGCGGCGGCGGCGGGGGGAGCGGGCACCACCACCACCACCCGCUGGGCGUCGGACCAGGUGCUCAGGACGGCCUACCCUCCAAAGAGCAGCAGCAGCAGCAGCAGGAAGAGUCCGGCACGCCCUCCUCGUCCCCGGAGGACAAACUGCUGGCCAGCCCGCGGGCCAUCAACAACCUGGUGCUGCAGGGCUGCUCGUCGAUCGGGCUGCGCCUGGUGCUCGAGUACCUGUAUACGGCCAACGUGACACUGUCCCUGGACACGGUGGAGGAGGUGCUGUCCGUCAGCAAGAUCCUGCACAUCCCGCAGGUCACCAAGCUGUGCGUGCAGUUCCUCAACGACCAGAUCUCGGUGCAGAACUACAAGCAGGUGUGCAAGAUCGCCGCCUUGCACGGCCUCGAGGAGACCAAGAAGCUGGCCAACAAGUACCUCGUGGAGGACGUGCUGCUGCUCAACUUCGAGGAGAUGCGCGCCCUGCUGGACUCGCUGCCUCCCCCCGUGGAGUCGGAGCUGGCGCUCUUCCAGAUGUCCGUGCUGUGGCUGGAGCACGACCGAGAGACCCGCAUGCAGUACGCGCCGGACCUCAUGAAGCGCCUGCGCUUCGCCCUCAUCCCAGCCCCGGAGCUCGUCGAGCGGGUCCAGUCGGUGGAUUUCAUGCGGACCGACCCCGUCUGCCAGAAGCUGCUUCUGGACGCCAUGAACUACCACCUGAUGCCCUUCAGGCAGCACUGCAGGCAGAGCUUGGCCAGCAGAAUUCGCUCCAACAAGAAAAUGCUUUUGUUGGUUGGUGGACUGCCCCCUGGACCUGACCGGCUACCCAGCAAUUUGGUUCAGUAUUAUGAUGAUGAAAAGAAGACAUGGAAAAUACUGACAAUUAUGCCGUAUAAUAGUGCCCACCAUUGUGUUGUGGAAGUAGAAAAUUUCUUGUUCGUAUUGGGAGGAGAAGACCAGUGGAAUCCUAAUGGAAAGCACAGUACAAACUUUGUUAGCCGGUAUGAUCCUAGAUUUAACAGCUGGAUACAACUUCCACCCAUGCAAGAGAGGAGAGCCAGUUUUUAUGCCUGUCGGCUUGACAAAAACUUGUAUGUGAUAGGUGGGAGAAAUGAGACUGGCUACUUGUCAAGUGUGGAAUGCUAUAAUUUAGAGACAAAUGAAUGGCGUUAUGUAUCUUCCCUACCACAGCCCUUGGCGGCACAUGCAGGAGCUGUACAUAAUGGCAAAAUCUAUAUUUCUGGAGGUGUCCACAAUGGUGAAUAUGUUCCCUGGCUCUACUGCUAUGACCCUGUAAUGGAUGUCUGGGCUAGAAAACAAGAUAUGAACACAAAGAGAGCAAUCCAUGCAUUGGCUGUAAUGAAUGAUCGACUGUAUGCAAUCGGAGGAAAUCAUUUGAAAGGUUUUUCGCAUCUUGAUGUCAUGCUCGUGGAAUGCUAUGACCCAAAAGGUGAUCAAUGGAAUAUUUUGCAAACUCCUAUUUUAGAGGGUCGCAGUGGUCCUGGCUGUGCAGUUCUUGAUGACAGCAUUUACCUUGUAGGAGGCUACAGCUGGAGCAUGGGAGCCUACAAAUCUUCUACCAUUUGCUACAGUCCUGAGAAUGGAACCUGGACAGAGCUGGAAGGAGAUGUAGCCGAGCCUCUGGCAGGUCCUGCUUGCUCCACUGUCAUACUACCUGCGUGUGUGCCGUACAAUAAAUAACAUACUGGAAGUACUGAAAUGAACACUGUUAAAUGAUGUGUGACUUAAAUAUUUUAAGGGACAGAAUUCCUGGUACAAUAUACAACAAGACCCUAUCCCCAAUACCUGCAUUUAUGAUUUUUAAAAAGGACUAAGUAUAGUUCCCACCUCAGACAGACCGGUAUCUUGUCAAACAAGUAGCUUGAAAGCAUGGAACACUGCACAUGUUGACAGAUGACCAUUUCAGAGUGAUCCUCACUUUUCUCUGCUAUAAACCCUCAUAUCGAUUCUAAAUUUAAAGAGAAGAAUUCUAAACAUCCAAACACUGCCUGAAUGAACAAAAUGACUAUUGUGCAUUGUAUUUUACCUGCAUGGGAUCUGUGUUGAAGUCAUGAUGAUGUUGCUCACAAUUAAUUCAAAACUGAGAUGCCCAAAUGCAUUGAACUGCAGAAUUGCUUCCCCAUUUUAACCCUAAUCUGUGGCUGCUGACAUGUUCUGCAAGUAACACAACUUAAAGAAGACAGAUCAUAAGAGAGAAUGCUUCUGUUUUGAACAGAUUGGCCCCUCAUAUAGUCUGCUCUGAAAUCCCCAUGCCUAAGUGUAG